CUUUUAUAUAACCCCCCAACUUACCUUUGAGUCAUCUGCAUUCAAAUUCUUGUAAUAGCCCAUACUGUUUCUAUUACUGCUUGCGCCUACUAUAUACAACCUAUAUUAGAGCAUUGCACUGCCCUUUUUACAAAAAUGGCCCCCACAAAGACAAGUAAUAAAGUCCAAACGUUGACACCUCGAGAUACCGAAGUCAUCGACACUAUUUUGCAAGCUUGCCCUCCUGAUAUGAAACCCAAAAUAUCAGAUUGGGAUACCAUCGCACACAGAUUAGGGUUUAAAACUGCAGCGUCAGCUAAGGAAACCUUCCGUAUUCUCUGCAAAAAGAGAGAGUGGUUCAGCCCGACUGACUCCCAGUCUGAAUCUGGUUUUAAAUCUUCCUCGAUCCCGCAAAAGGAAGCCGCUACUCAGGACGAGAAGCCUCCCAAUAUGAAGAAAUACGAUACAAGAGGUCGUGCUAGGAAGGAGCCCCAAGCGAAGCUCAAACCCAACACUGCCGAGCUCAACGAGACUACCGAUAGUGAGCUAGAGACAAUUCCGGAUGACAUGUCUGACUUCGACCGCACCUAUGGUACCGUUUGAGAUACAUUCAUCGUAGCUUCGAGGAUAAAGUUGUAUCCCAUGGAGAUAUUUACGAUUGGGAAAGCGAUACACAUACGAGUAGAGGCAUAGCUCGACGGCUGCGAAUGCUAGGGUGAAACUUUGGGAACCCGUACACUCAUUUCAUCAUUAGAUCAGUGUCAAGUAUCAACACUUUAAGUAGUUGAAUAGUUAUUCGAUA